CGAUCUUUGGACCUACUCCCAAUUGACGCCAAUUCUGGCCAGGGAGGCAUCAGAGCCGUCGUCCAAGAUGGCCGAUGACCUUCCCCUACCAAGGCUUGCCUGGAAUCCAACCACCGAGUCAUUCUCCAAGAAUCCGCCGCGGAAACGCGUCCGUCCUAGCAGCCCUCCUAUCUCUAGCGAUCCCCCCAUCUUCUCGAGUGACGAUGAUCCCAGCGCAGACAACUAUUCCACACAAGCACGCCGCAAGAAAAAGUUUCGAGGACCGUGGUAUCGUCAAAGACCCGCCUCGGACGAGGGGUCUCAAGAUUCGAAUGAACACGACCAGAAGAAAAGGAGGAAGUUCGAAAGGCAAUUUGACAGUGGUGUUUUUAUGGGAAGUGAUGGCACGGACAUGGAUGAAUCUAUGGAGGAAUUUGAAUCUGGGCCUGCUUCGUUGCCCCUGAGACAAUCGCGCGUAACUCGUCAAUCCGAAAAGGCAGCUCCGACUCCAGAAGAAUUGGCCCGAGGCCAAAUUCAGCGAUGCCUGGAGGAGGGGGAUGAAAGCAUUGAUUUAUCGUCUCGAGGCCUCACGACUCUCUCCAAUGCAACCAUCCGACCGCUCGCUACAUUCACACGCGUUCCACCCGUCACUGAAGGAGUCUUUACCCGACUCGAGCCCAAGCUAAAGAUCUUCCUUGCCUCCAACCAAUUGACAACAUUGCCCGGCGAGCUCUUCAACCUCGAUCGUCUGACUGUGUUGAGUCUUCGAGGCAAUCAACUCCGCGAGCUUCCACCGAGUGUUGGGAAACUUUCAAACCUGAAAGAACUCAAUCUAUCGCAAAACGGCCUCCGCUAUCUCCCCUACGAAAUUCUCGAGCUCUUCUCCGCCAGGAGUCGUCUCAACAGUCUCCAUCUGCACCCCAAUCUUUUCCACGAACCACAAUUUCCGGCAACCGAGGGAGAAGUGAAGGAAGAGGAAGUCCAAUACAAGAUUGGUCUUGGGAAUCGGACUCGAGCCAACCUUCGUCGAGGUGCUAUAUGUGCAGUUUCUCCAGACCAACGAAGACGAUCUUGGCACACCCAAUGGAGGAUUACAUUUCAAGCCCGGACUGAAGUGAGGUUCCUGAACAUCCAUGGAGAUCUGGUGAAGGGGCCAAGCCUCCCGGCGAAUACUGAGGGCUCAGAGUCAUCUCACAACAAGAUACCAGUUGCCGAAAUGAGCGAUUCUCUUGAGCCUCCAGCGUCAGACAAUGGACUUUCCCGAGCUCCAUCUCUUCUGGAGGCUGCUUUAGCUGCUUGUGCAAAGACUACGCAACUCCCAUUCUUGGCAGAUUUCCUACCAGAAGACGGCCCUCCCUCCCUUCGUGGGCUCUUGGCCGACGCUGCAGAGAAGAAGGAAUCCGGAGGCAGCAAAUGUACGAUAUGUGCAAGGAGUUUCAUUAUACCACGAACGGAAUGGAUCGAGUGGUGGGAGAUAGCAAAAGUGCUGGAGAUCAACUCGACAGCCAGCGCUGCCAGCCCUUUAAGGCAGAUGGAGAACGAGAGAGAUGUUUUGGAGAGUAUGGUCCCGCUGAUGAGGAGAGGCUGUAGUUGGCUGUGUGUGCCUGAGAAGGUUACUAUGCCUGACGAGGAUCCCGUGGCUAUGGACGAAUGAGAGAUCGGGAUGAGCUAUCACGCUCGCUAUAUAUAUGGGAGGCCUUAUUGAUAAGCUGUGGCGUCUGGUGUAGUUGUACAGCGGUGUUGUUUUCGUAGCCUUGGCUGGUUGUGGCGUUUGGAUGAGUAUAUUGUCUGACC